UUGUAUUAUCGGUUAAACUUAUUUUCUGGAUUAUCUGUGUGACGUCAUAAUUGCCAUUAUCAGCCGAUAAUUAUCGGUGACCGAUAUUAUGGUGCAUCUUUAAUUUUUGUACUACUAUUAUAUAUAGUAGUAUACUAUAAUAAUAAUGCUAGAAUUUUUUUAAAGAAAUGUUUUGAAUAAUGUUGGAAAGGCAAAGUCAGUGUUCUGAAUCUGUUUACUUUCCAUUCUUUUGCACUAGUAAAUGCUAUCAGCAUUUAACCUCAUUUUUUAUAUGUGAUUAAUUGUUAUUUACAUCAUUAUUGGUACUUUAAUAAAGAAUUUAAGUGUUCCAAAAUGGUUUUGUGAAUUAAUAAGCGUCAUCAAAAAUGUCAUUGCUAAAUUAGUAAAAAAAAAGAAAAUUAUUAGAUUAGUCGACUAAUCGUAAAACUAGUCAGCUGACUGAUCAGGAGAAAAUUUAUCGUUUAGGACAGCCCUAGUGUAGCAGAACAUAUUUCCUCCACACCCUUCUCACCUUUUUAACCCCUGACCCAUGAAGAGGGCCCCUGGAUAUGUUCGCCUUAGGCCCCAAAAUUGCCAAGUCCGCCACUGGCAGCAAAUCUAUCACUGGAAACGGCAGUCAAUGAGUUAAUCAUGCAAAUACUGUUGCAUUUGUACCUCCUACUAAAGGGUUGUUUCCUUUGAUCUGUAAGAGCUGCAGGCAAAUUAUUCAGAUUGUACACGAUCAAGCAUAUUCAGGUACUUAAAAUCAAGCACAUGCAGAACUACCUUUCUCAAAGAACUACAGCUAUAAUAGUAACUAGUGAUAUACUGUAUUAUUAUUUUACUAUUUGAGAUUUUUUUUUUCUAAUCAUGUCGGACAAGCAGACUGCUGUUCCUCAACCUGUCUUAGUCAAGGUAAAAGGGACCCUGCUUAGGGAACACACUGCUCAACAGAUAGAUGCCAUCGCUGCGUUCCGUCCUCAUCCGUCGGAUCUCCUUAUCGCCUCCUACCCGAAAUCAGGUACGACAUGGACCCAGGAGAUCGUCGACCUGCUUCUUCAUAACGGAGACGUUGAGACCUGCAGACGAGCCACGAUAACCAGGCGAAAUCCUUUCUUCGAGCUUUCCAACCAUAUGAGCAACCAAACAGGUCUUGAGCUCCUGAAGGAAAUGGAGCCCCCGAGAGUCAUCAAGACGCAUCUCCCGUUUCACCUGGCUCCAGCUGGAUUUUGGGAAAACAAGUGCAAAGCCAUCUACGUUGCACGCAACGCUAAGGACACCCUGGUGAGCUACUACUACUUUCAUCACAUGAAUAAAGCCAUUCCCGAGCCUGGACCUUGGGAGGACUUUGUCCACAAGUUCAUGCAUGGAGAACUGCUAUGGGGCUCCUGGUACGAUCAUGUGAAAGGUUUCUGGGAGGAACGAGAAAAAAAGAACAUCCUUUUCCUCUUCUAUGAAGACAUGCAUGAGAACCCUCGACGUGAAGUAGAGCGGAUUAUGAACUACUUGGACUUGUCCCUCUCGGAUGAAGUCCUCAACCGCGUUGUGAAGCAGACGAGCUUCAAGAACAUGAAGGAGAACCCGAUGGUUAACUACACAUUCGUUCCCAAGGAGAUUUUUGAUCAGUCCACCUACAAAUUUAUGAGAAAAGGGGUCGUCGGUGAUUGGGAAAAUCAUUUUACACCCGAGCAGUCAGCAGAGUUUGACGACGACUACGAGAAGAAAAUGAAAGAUGUCAACAUGCCGUUCAGAAUGAAGUUAUAAAAGGCUUCAAAGUAUUUCAAUGACCUCAGUUAUUUCUCAGACAAGUGGAAAAAAUGUCAAAUUAUGACUGUUAUUAUAAUGAACGCAUUCUGUGCCAACAUUUUCACGUGUUUUUUCACCUGUUCCACUGUCAAUUUGAAGUUUGUAGAACAGGUUUAACAUUAGAAUGGUGCUCUGCAUAUCCUCAUGAUUGAAAAUAUGACUAGUAGAAUAUUCAAAAUUUACUUAAUAAACCUGAAAGUGCCUUUGGGCUUCCAAUAUUUGGAGCGCAC